AUGACGCUUUUCACAGAGGCGAUUCUGGUCUCAGUGUAUGCAAAUUCGGAGGCGCUGCUGAUCUGUUGUGCUGGUGCUUAUGCGAUGCACAAGAAAUGGUACAUGGCUUGUGUGGGCUCUGCCAUCGUGAUGAUCAUAGGCGCGCUGAUGGGGCAGCUGGGCGCUUUCCUCCUACGCUUGCAGCCGCCCUACUCGAAAAUCCUGAUUCUCAGCACGACCUUCGGUAACUGUGGAGCUCUACCCUAUGUAUUGCUACCUCCGAUCGUGAGCAAUUGGAAACGGGUGAAUGAAAACCCAGAGGAUGCCCUGGUGGAAGGCUUUGCCGUCAUCUCCCUCUUCGCCACGGUUUGGACGAUGGCGCUCUUUUUCAUCGGCCGGCCCUACGCUCUUUCAAUGAAGCCUCAGACAGGGACUGCAGAAUCCGAAGCCGAGGCCGAAGGCAUCCUCCGUAAGCUGCGGGCCGUGGACAGCGUCGUUUGGUGCGCUUUGGCAGGCAUCGCCGUGGGAUGCGCGGCUCCCCUCCGAGACUUUCUGAGCGAUCGGGCCGAGGGGCCGCUGCGCUUUGUCGGUUCCUUCGCUUCCAACUUUGGGCCCGCCGGGGUCCCACUCUCCACGAUGAUCCUUGGGGGCUCACUCUACAUGGGAGCCAGGGCUGAGAUCCAGAGGAGGCGUGCUAGGAAGGAGAGGCCUGAAGAGGAAGCCUCAGAAGGCUCGCAGUUGUUAAGGCUCUCCCUAGGUGCGGCCUUCAUCAAGCUGCUGCUGAUGCCAGCCAUCUCGAUCCCUUUGCUCGUUCUCGCGGUGAACGUCGGGGCCCUCCCAGAGGAUCAGCCCAUGCUGUUCAUGGUCUUGGUUAUCCAAACUGGAGUGCCGUCGGCACAGACUGCUCUGGCACUCCUGGUUUCAGCCGGUUUACAAAAACAAGCGGGACAGAUGAGCAGCCUGGACGUUUAG